UUGCUGGCGGGAAGUUUAAAACUUAGUGUGUUCCCACUGGCCGGGCUCAUUCUGCGCCCUCUCCUUUCUUCUACAUCUUUCUGCGUUCUUCUCUGCCAUGCCCUCCUCUGAAGAGAUACCCACCAUCUCCCCCAGCAAGCGGGCCCGGCCUGCGGAGGACGGCGCCAUACGGCUCCGCUUCGUCCGGCUCUCGGAGCAUGCCACCGCCCCGAGCAAGGGGUCUGCACGGGCCGCGGGCUAUGACCUAUACAGUGCCUAUGAUUACACAGUACCACCUAUGGAGAAAACACUCGUGAAAACCGACAUUCAGAUAGCUCUUCCUUCUGGGUGCUAUGGAAGAGUAGCUCCACGUUCUGGCUUGGCUGCAAAACACUUCAUAGAUGUAGGAGCUGGUGUCAUAGAUGAAGAUUAUAGAGGAGAUAUUGGUGUUGUACUCUUUAAUUUUGGCAAAGAAAAGUUUGAAGUCAAAAAGGGUGACCGAAUUGCACAGCUCAUUUGUGAACGGAUUUUUUAUCCAGAAAUAGAAGAAGUUCAAGUGUUAGAUGACACUGAAAGGGGUUCAGGAGGUUUUGGUUCCACUGGAAUGAAUUAAAAUUUAUGCCAUGAACAAAAUGAGGAAAUAUUUUUUUUUCCCUUAAAAAAUAAAGAGUUUUUGUUUAGUGUUGGUGUAAACUUUAAUAGCUUUAGGUUUUAAAAAAAUCUGGUUCUCAUGAGGAAAGGGUACUGUUGGGAUCACAAAACUUUACUCUUGUGUUUUUCUACAUUUUAUUGUUUUAUAAAUCUGCAUGGUAACCUAAUACAAAUAAUUUUUCAGUCAAAUGUGCAUCAGUUGCAGGUCCCCUCCCCAAAACUGUAUUUAAUUCACUAAAUGCUACCUCUUCAACAAUUUGUCUUUCAGUCGCUUUAUAAAUCAUAAGCAAAGCCUUUUAAUCAAUAAAUUCAAAUUCUUUCACAGAUAUAAAUUAUUACAUAAACUGAACUAAAACAUAAUAAAAAGUUAAAGUUCCUUAUUCUCCUCAUUGGUUUAAAAAUAGUUUUUAAUGUUAAGAUUUCUUUGUGAGGUAGGAAGAGAAUCCUCAGUUUAUUUUUAGGUUUUUUUUUUUUUUAAAUCAUCCUUUUGAUAGACCCUAGAUUGACUGAGUAUAGUAUGUUUGUGAAGGAAACUAUAACAUGGAAAUUUCCAGUUGGUUUGUUCCUCUGAAUUUCAUCCCAUCAAAUAAAUUGUAUAAGUUGUAAUUAUAUGGGUUUCUCUCACUAAAAUAGCAAUGAUAGCCUUAUUCAAGAAAAUAUGCAAUUUAAUUAGGAUAAAAUAGAUGUAGUGAUGUAUGCUUAGACCACUAGGUUUGUCCAUUCCACAUACUUUUGAGUAAAUGUGUUUAAGCAGUAUUUCACUGCAGAUAGGGGGCUGAUUCUAUGGAUUAGUUUGUCGAUAUGCUUUCUUUUAUUUCCCAGACCCCUUUGCACCAGGUCUUUGGGUGUCACUUUGGCUUUGUCAGUCAAAUGCACUAGUGUGGGACUUAUGAGGCAUUUUUUUGUGAGUGUGGGUCAUAACAGACUGUGCUUUUGGAACUGGACACUCUUGGUCACUCAGUUCCUGGAAGCACCAGCUAUAGUUUACUUCUUCUGUCCUUCCAGUGUUUCUAGGUCAUUUAAUACCCUGCAAUGUAGUAGUUUCCAUCUGCGAUCACGAUUCAUUGGUCAUGAAAUCAACUAAGUGGGUCAUACAUAACUAGCAUUUUAAAAAAUUGAGUAGAAAAAGCAUGUCAGAUGAGUAAAUGUGAAGAUUGUUUGAAUUAUAUAUUUAUGUGUAUACAGGUUCAUGGAAUAAAUUGUUUCUGCAGUUCAAUAAAAUUUAAAUUCUUUCUUGCUAAACUA